AAAAGGUUUGCCGGAGAAAUUCUGGUCAUCUUUAUUCAAUUUUAUCAAAAGAAUCUUUUUUUUUGUUUCUUCACAGAAAAUCUGAGGGAUCUGAUUGAACAUUCUCGUUCGAACUGAUCAACCUCCGUUUUUUUUUUUGUUUUUAGUAGGAAGUUGAGAGAUUUGGUGGUGGUGAUCAGAUGAGUAAAGCAGAGACAGAGGAUCGACGGAAUAAGGAUGAUUUGAACCCUAUUCCGCCGCCGUGGCCUCCUCGGGGACCGGACCGAGCUCAAACUGAUAAGAAACUUUUGGGAAUUUUGCUUUUCGGAGUAGUUGGCGCCAUGGCCACCGUCGCAGCGGUUGCUCAAUUGCGGAAUUCAGUUGACUGGGUUUAUUCUCAGUUGAGCAGGUCGAAAGCAUCAUGGAAAAGUUCGUCUAAUGGUUCUUUCAGGACGAGUUUUCAGGAGGAAGCAUGGAAAAGAUACAAUCGCCGGAUGCAGGAAGAGUAUGAAGAAGAAAUGGCGAGAGUGGAGCGAAUAAGGCGAAUGCAAAGUGUCUUUAAUAGAGAGAGAAGCAAGUACAAAAGAAGCUAUGAGAGAUGGGCACAAAAUGAUGAUGGUACAUAUCACCAGCAUUUUCAGAGGAAUGACUGGUAUUGGAAGGGCGACACGUCAUUCAGGGAUCAGGGGGAUAAUUUCAGGGAGGCUUCUCGACCCCCUCGAAAUUAUCCGUUAUCACAUCACUAUUCUGUUUUGGGCCUUGAGAGGUCGAGGACAAAGCCUUACACAGACGAAGAGAUAAAGUCGGCUUUUAGGGCAAAGGCAUUGCAGUUCCAUCCAGAUCAGAACCAGAAUAAUAAAGGUGCAAAUUCACACUAUCAUCAAAUUGUUACUUCUAAUUUUUGAACCUGCCUUCGGCUUCAUAGAAAACCUUUCAACCUUCCUGGAACUUUUCUCCUGGCGGGUCUCGUUCUCCUUAACAUCUCCGCUUUGACUGAUUUUAGCAUCUUUGCUGUGGCAGAGGUUGCUGAAGCUAAGUUUAGGGAAGUUAUGACGGCGUACGAAGCUAUCAAGGUAGAAAGAAAGCUACAAUAAGGUGAGCUAAUCAAAGAUUAGAGUUUUGCAUUUUCUAGUGGGGCUUCUGACUGGAGAGUAAAUGUGAGAUUCGCUGCAGAUACAGUAUGUACAAUAUUCUUCGAGAAUAACACCGAGACUACUGACAAAUACUACAGUACCCAUAAAGUUUUUGUUAUAAUGGUAACUAGAGCAAUGUAAAAUGAUUAGGAACACCUAUAUCCGUAGCAAUCAUUGUACCCUUACGAACAUUCUAGUAUGAAUUGGAUCCCAUCUAAUUAUUUCAAUAAACACUGCAUCUUAGGCUCUUAGCCAUCAUACCCAUGUGUGCUACAUUCGGGAAAAAAAAAAAAAACAUGUGUACUGUUCUUUAGUGUAGUGUCUCAAAGUGACGUCUUUACCAAAACGAAAGUAAAAUCCAAGCCACAAAUAACAAAUUCGCUUCCGGAAUCA